CUUUAAACGUAAUCUGCACCGCGUGUCUCCUUCAUUCAUUGAGAGGCUGUGUAACUGCGUUCACUUACUGAGUUUUCAUACUGUAUACUGACAGCUUUUAUGGUUGUCUUUGGGGUUUUCGUGCUUGGCUUCUUUUGGCCUCUCUGGAGCUUCCUGGCAGCUGAGACAAGGGAGGAAGCUUUUUCAGGGCGUCAUCUGAUUGGACCACAUCAGCCAAUCAUUGCCUUUCUGGGGGAUGACGUCAUCCUCCCGUGUUCCGUGGCACCCGAUUACGAUGUCAGGGGUCUGACGGUGGAGUGGUCGCAGCCCGACCUGAAGCCCGACCCCUCGGACCGCCUCGGCAACGUGGAGUACGUCUACGUGUACCGGCGGCGGAGGGAGGAGGUGGACAUGAAGCUGCCGGCGUUCGUCGGGAGGACGGCGCUGUUCCGGGAAGAGCUGAAGGUCGGAAACAUCUCGUUAAAGAUCAGCAACGUGACGCUCGCUGACGCCGGGAAGUACCGAUGUUUCAUCCCCAAGCUGGAGGGCGGGGUGAAGGAGGCGCUCGUCCUACUCGUUGUUGAACCGAAAACCAACAGCACGUUGAUGACAGAAUCACAAACGCCUCCCCAAACCCCAGAUCAGAACCAAGAUCAGAACCAAGAGACGGACGAUGAUGAAGGUCGUCCAUUGUGGAUCCUGGCCGUUUGCACCAUACUCGGGCUGGCGGUUGGAGUAUAUCUCCUUCGGAAUGGAUGUGGAUGUCAGAAGAAAACUAAAUGUAAUCUUUAUGAAUCCGCUUCCUGACGUCCCGCAGGAGGACGUGACAGGACUCUAAAUCCCUGAGAUAUUCACUCUCUCCGUUAGAGGAGAUGGACGUCACAGCGUUCCUGGUUUAAGCUAUUUCUCUUUAAAUCCACCGACAGACGAAACGAAUGACUUUUGUGAGGUUCGGUUUUAUUUCAGUCGACCCUUUAUGUAUUGUUUCCUAUUUAAGGAAAGAGGACAUCUUGUUUUCCACUCUAUUUUUCCCCAGCACUAAGAUGCCUGUUGGCCUGAAAGUUUGUGGGAUCAAACAUCCUCGUUCAAACUAUUUUUUGCACUUCUAAAUUAAAUGAGGUUGCACCUCUCAACGUAAAGUAGAGGUUAGCAUUCGACGUUAGCUUGCUAAAACCUCACCUGUGUUCAUAUGGAGUUCUACAUCUGCCUUUGAUUGCUGUUUGAUAAGGAAAAUAACAUAACAUGCCUCCAAAAGCAACAACUAAAUUAAAAUCCUGACACUUAAACACAAUACAUGUAUAUGCAAUUAUCUGUUAGCGGUUAGCUUAGCAUAAGCAGGUAUGUCCCCCUCCUCUAACCCUGAAACAGGCAGCUACUUUUCUGCAUGUACGCAGACGUUUGUGAGAGGAGAAGUUGGGCAUUUUUUUUAGAAACCUUCUUUUAUGUUACUCAGUGAAGCCGGGUCAUUUUAAGUUUUAGCGGUGCAACCUGACUUAGCGAAUCUAAAGCAGUGGAAGCUAAAGUGAAGAAUGUUCUGUCUGUUCUGUGUUAUUUAUUAUUCUGUAAGGUGUAAUUUACACCCAGGGAAAAAGAGGGAAGAGUCCCUUCUCCUGAUCAUAUUAUUUACCACUUUGUGGAAGUUUUCUAGGAUAUGAUGUUCUGCUGCUCUGUAUUUUUUUAUAACGACUGAUGGUCAGCCCGUAUGGACGGCCUUUACUGCUGGUUAAGUUCCUCUCUGUUUGAGCACGGAAUACAAAGUGGAAUUUAAAGGAGUCCCUUUUUAAGGGUCUUCAGAAAAUGUUGACAAGGCAUGCUGAAAAUAAAGACGUGUUUUUCAAA